AUGAUAAUUGAUACAACAGAAAUAGAGACUAUCAAUUCUUUUUCCAAAUUGGAAUCCUUAAAAGAAGUCUAUGGGAUCAUGUGGAUGCUUGUCCCUAUUUUGACUCUUGUAUUAGGAAUCACAAUAGGUGUACUAGUAAUUGUUUGGUUAGAAAGAGAAAUAUCUGCAGGAAUACAACAACGUAUCGGACCUGAAUAUGCUGGCCCUUUAGGAAUUCUUCAAGCUCUAGCAGAUGGGACAAAACUACUUUUGAAAGAGAACCUUAUUCCAUCUACCGGAGAUCCUCGUUUAUUCAGUAUCGGACCAUCCAUAGCCGUAAUAUCUAUCUUUCUAAGUUAUUCAGUAAUUCCUUUUGGUGAUCACCUUGUUCUAGCCGAUCUUAGUAUUGGUGUUUUUUUCUGGAUUGCCAUUUCAAGUAUUGCUCCCGUUGGACUUCUUAUGUCAGGAUAUGGAUCAAAUAAUAAAUAUUCCUUUUUAGGUGGUCUACGGGCAGCUGCCCAAUCAAUUAGUUAUGAAAUACCAUUAGCUCUAUGUGUGUUAUCAAUAUCUCUACUAUCUAACAGUUCAAGUACAGUUGAUAUAGUGGAAGCGCAGUCAAAAUAUGGUUUUUGGGGGUGGAAUUUGUGGCGUCAACCCAUCGGGUUUAUCGUUUUUCUAAUUUCUUCUCUAGCCGAGUGUGAAAGAUUACCUUUUGAUUUACCAGAAGCAGAAGAAGAAUUAGUAGCAGGGUAUCAAACCGAAUAUUCAGGUAUCAAAUUUGGUUUAUUUUACAUUGCUUCAUAUCUGAAUCUACUAGUUUCUUCAUUAUUUGUAACAGUUCUUUACUUGGGAGGUUGGAAUCUUUCUAUUCCGUACAUAUUUGUUCCUGAGCUAUUUGGCAUAAAUAAAAGGGGUAAAGUCUUUGGAACACUAAUUGGUAUCUUUAUCACAUUAGCCAAAACUUAUUUGUUUUUGUUCAUUCCUAUUGCAACAAGAUGGACUUUACCGAGGCUGAGAAUGGACCAACUAUUAAAUCUUGGGUGGAAAUUUCUUUUACCUAUUUCUCUAGGUAAUCUAUUAUUGACAACUUCGUCCCAACUUCUUUCACUGUAA